AUGGCCCGCUGGAUCCCGACCAAGAGGCAGAAGUACGGGGUUGGUGAGUGCGCCCCACGCCGCCCCGACCCCGCCGCCGCCAAGUUCGCGGGAGCCGCGCGCCAAGUUGGGGGCGGUCUGCGCGCGCUGCCGGGGACCCUACUAGGCUCCGCGGUGCUCGCGGGCGCCCCCGCUUCCGACCCUUUUGGGAAGGCGCUCCAGGAUUUAGGGAUCCUAGCUGGAACGCUGGAUGAGCAGCUCCCGGGGCGGCGUGCAGGCGAAGGCAGAGACAGGAAGUGUGGGCGCGGCGCGGGGGUGGUGGCCCUGGAGGCCGGCGGUGUGGACACGGCUCCUAACGGAGGGAGUUUGCAGAGAAUUGAAAUCUGCCCUCGGAAUCCGGAGUUCGGUCCUGGGGCUGUAAACACUCUGGGACAGAUUCCCCACCCGGGACCCAUGACAGUGCCGUUGCAGAGGUCUCCCAACGAUGUGCAAAGGGGUCCCGGGGAUGUUGCCAUCUACAACUUCAAUGCCUCUCAGGACAUGGAGCUCUCCUUGCAGCUUGGAGACACAGUUCACAUCCUGGAGAUGUAUGAGGCAUGUCAGGAAAUGACAGCCAAUUCAGUGGCAGUCCUAGCUGUGUUUGAGGCCUACAUGCCCACAGCAAGCAAUAUUGGAAGUCUGCCAUGGCUGCUGGAAGUUGAAGCAGGCAUUUUCCCUGAAUCCUAUAUCCACUUGAAAGAGGCGACUGUGGAAGACACAGGGCAGCAUGAGACCGUGAUUCCUGGUGAGCUGCCCCUGGUCCAGGAGCUCACAUCUACGCUUCGAGAAUGGGCUGUCAUCUGGCGCAACCUCUAUGUGAACAACAAGGUGAUACUGUUCCGCCAGCUACAGCAGAUGACAUACAGCCUGAUCGAGUGGCGGUCCCAGAUCCUAUCUGGAACACUCCCCAAGGAUGAGCUGGCGGAGCUCAAGAAGAAGGUCACAGCCAAAAUUGAUCACGGAAACAGAAUGCUUGGGUUGGAUCUGGUAGUGCGAGAUGACAAUGGGAACAUCUUGGACCCUGACGAAACUAGCACUAUUGCCCUCUUCAGAGCACAUGAAAUGGCUUCUAAACGGAUUGAAGAAAAGAUUCAAGAAGAAAGGUCAAUUCUGCAGAAUGUAGACCUUCGGAGCCAGUCCAUCUUCAGUGCUGUCCACACCUAUGGUCUCUACGUGAACUUUAAGAACUUUGUCUGCAACAUUGGAGAAGAUGCAGAGUUGUUUAUGGCCCUCUAUGACCCCGACCAGUCUACUUUCAUCAGUGAGAACUAUUUAAUUCGAUGGGGCAGUAAUGGAAUGCCGAAGGAGAUCGAGAAGCUCAAUUACCUUCAAGCAGUCUUUACUGAUCUCAGCAGCACUGACCUCAUCCGGCCCCGAAUCAGCCUUGUGUGCCAGAUUAUCCGGGUGGGCCACAUGGAGCUAAAGGAUGGGAAAAAGCACACCUGUGGACUCCGAAGACCUUUUGGGGUGGCAGUGAUGGAUAUCACUGAUAUCAUUCAUGGGAAGGUGGAUGAUGAAGAAAAGCAGCAUUUUAUUCCCUUUCAGCAAAUUGCAAUGGAAACCUAUAUUCGGCAGAGACAGCUAAUCAUGUCACCACUGAUAACAUCCCAUGUGAUUGGGGAAAAUGAGCCACUCACAUCUGUCUUGAAUAAAGUCAUAGCGGCAAAGGAAGUGAAUCACAAAGGACAAGGGCUUUGGGUGUCCUUGAAGCUCUUGCCAGGUGACCUCACACAGGUUCAGAAGAACUUUUCACAUUUGGUGGAUAGAUCAACAGCGAUAGCUCGAAAAAUGGGCUUCCCUGAAAUAAUACUUCCAGGAGAUGUUCGUAAUGAUAUUUAUGUUACCCUAAUCCAUGGGGAGUUUGACAAAGGGAAAAAGAAGACUCCAAAGAAUGUGGAGGUGACCAUGUCUGUGCAUGAUGAGGAGGGCAAGCUCCAGGAAAAAGCAAUUCAUCCUGGUGCUGGAUAUGAAGGCAUCUCUGAGUACAAGUCAGUAGUCUAUUAUCAAGUCAAGCAGCCCUGUUGGUACGAGACUGUUAAGGUGUCCAUUGCUAUAGAAGAAGUCACUCGUUGCCAUAUAAGAUUUACCUUCCGACAUAGGUCAUCUCAGGAAUCCAGAGAUAAAUCCGAGCGAGCCUUUGGGGUGGCCUUUGUGAAACUGAUGAACCCAGAUGGCACCACUCUGCAGGAUGGGAGGCAUGACCUGGUGGUUUAUAAGGGUGACAACAAGAAAAUGGAAGAUGCUAAGUUCUACCUGACUCUUCCUGGGACCAAAUUAGAGAUGGAAGAAAAAGAGCUCCAAGCAUCCAGAACUAUUGCCAACUUUAUUCCAAGCAAGGAGAGCACAAAAGAUAGCUUUCAGAUUGCCACCCUCAUUUGCUCUACAAAGCUCACGCAGAAUGUUGACCUGUUAGGUUUAUUAAAUUGGCGCUCAAACUCCCAGAAUAUUAAACACAAUUUAAAGAAGUUAAUGGAGGUGGAUGGAGGAGAGAUUGUUAAGUUUUUGCAAGAUACACUAGAUGCACUUUUUAACAUAAUGAUGGAAAAGUCUGACAGUGAAACAUAUGAUUUCCUUGUGUUUGAUGCACUGGUUUUUAUUAUUUCUUUGAUAGGAGACAUAAAGUUCCAAAAUUUUAAUCCUGUCCUUGAAACCUACAUUUACAAGCACUUCAGUGCCACACUGGCCUAUGUAUUUUAUGGUCAAAGUGAAGAUGGAGAUGAAUUUAACAAUUCAAUCCGCCAAUUAUUUCAUGCUUUCAAUACUCUAAUGGACAGGCCUCUGGAGGAAGCUGUCAAGAUCAAGGGGGCAGCUUUGAAGUACCUUCCAACCAUAAUUAAUGAUGUCAGGCUUGUGUUUGAUCCAGUUGAGCUCAGUUAUCUCUUCUGCAAGUUCAUUCAAAGUAUUCCUGACAACCAGUUAGUGCGCCAGAAACUCAACUGCAUGACCAAGAUAGUAGAGAGCAAUCUUUUUCGACAGCCAGAGUCCAGAAAUGUGCUGCUGCCGCUGCUCAUUGACCAGCUCAGUGGGCAGCUGGAUGACCACUCCAGCAAGCCUGACCACGAGGCCAGCUCGCAGCUUCUGAGCAACAUCCUGGAAGUGCUGGACCGGAAGGAUGUGGGACCCACAGAGCCAAACAUAAAGAGGGUCAUGGAACGGCUCCUGAGAAGAAUCAACCGAACUGUGAUUGGGAACCGGGAGUCUCCCCAUAUUGGGAGUUUUGUGGCUUGCAUGAUUGCUGUUCUGCAGCAAAUGGAUGAUGCUCACUACAGCCACUACAUCAGUACUUUCAAAACAGUACAGGACAUCACUGACUUCCUCAUGGAAACUUUCAUCAUGUUUAAGGAUCUGAUUGGAAAAAAUGUCUAUGCCAAAGACUGGAUGGUGAUGAAUAUGACGCAGAGCAGGGUUUUUCUGCGUGCUAUAAACCAGUUUUCUGAUGUCCUCACAAGAGUCUUCAUGGAUCAGACAAACUUUGAACUUGAGCUCUGGAACAACUAUUUCCACUUGGCAGUAGCAUUUCUCACCCAUGAGUCUCUUCAGCUCGAAACCUUCUCACAAGCCAAGCGAAACAAAAUCAUGAAAAAAUAUGGGGAUAUGAGAAAGGAAAUCGGCUUUAGAAUCCGGGACAUCUGGUAUAACCUGGGUCCCCACAAAUUCAAAUUCAUCCCAUCCAUGGUGGGACCCAUUCUGGAGGUCACACUGACCCCUGAAGUUGAGCUCCGGAAAGCCACCAUCCCCAUUUUCUUUGAUAUGAUGCAGUGUGAGUUCAAUUUCAGUGGAAAUGGCGAUUUCCACAUGUUUGAGAAUGAGUUGAUCACAAAGCUGGACCAACAGGUAGAAGGGGGACGAGGAGAUGAACAAUACAAAGACCUGCUGGAAAAACUGCUCCUCGAACAUUGCCGGAAACAUAAAUAUCUCUCCGGAUCUGGGGAAUUUUUUGUACGCCUGGUCAGCAGCCUCUUAGAGAAUCUCUUAGAUUACAGGACCAUCAUAAUGCACGACGAAAGCAAGGAAAACCGCAUGAGCUGUACAGUGAAUGUGCUGAAUUUUUAUAAAGAGAAGAAGAGAGAGGACAUCUAUAUAAGAUAUUUGUACAAGCUUCGAGAUUUGCACCGAGACUGUGAGAAUUAUACAGAAGCUGCCUAUACACUUCUCUUACAUGCUGAGCUUCUGCAGUGGUCUGACAAGCCCUGUGCAUCUCAUCUGCUUCAGAGGGACAGUUACUAUGUCUAUACCCAGCAAGAGCUUAAAGAAAAACUGUACCAAGAAAUCAUAUCCUAUUUUGACAAAGGCAAAAUGUGGGAGAAGGCAAUCAAGCUGAGCAAAGAGUUGGCUGAGACAUAUGAGAGUAAAGUAUUUGAUUAUGAGGGCCUCGGCAAUCUUCUGAAAAAAAGAGCCUUGUUUUAUGAGAACAUCAUCAAGGCCAUGCGGCCUCAGCCUGAAUACUUCGCUGUGGGAUACUAUGGGCAAGGCUUCCCUUCUUUCCUGCGGAACAAAGUCUUCAUUUACCGAGGGAAAGAGUAUGAGAGGCGAGAGGACUUCAGCCUGAGAUUGUUGACCCAGUUCCCCAACGCAGAGAAGAUGACAAGCACCACAUCUCCCGGAGAGGAAAUCAGGGCCUCCCCUAAGCAGUACCUGCAGUGUUUCACAGUCAAGCCAGUGAUGAGCCUGCCACCCCACUAUAAGGACAAACCAGUUCCAGAGCAGAUCUUAAACUACUACAGAGCCAAUGAAGUGCAGCAGUUCACCCAUUCCCGGCCAUUCCGGAAAGGAGAAAAGGAUCCAGAUAAUGAAUUUGCUACCAUGUGGAUUGAAAGGACCACGUAUACCACAGCAUAUACCUUUCCUGGGAUUCUCAAGUGGUUUGAAGCCAGACAGAUUUCCACAGAGGAAAUCAGCCCUCUGGAGAAUGCCAUUGAGACCAUGGAGCUCACCAACGAGAGGAUCAGCAACUGUGUGCAGCAGCAUGCCUGGGACCGGUCCCUCUCCGUGCAUCCACUGUCCAUGCUGCUCAGUGGCAUUGUUGACCCUGCCGUCAUGGGGGGCUACUCUAAUUAUGAAAAGGCUUUUUUCACAGAGAAGUACUUACAGGAGCAUCCUGAAGACCAGGAGAAGAUUGAGCUUCUGAAGCAACUCAUAGCAUUGCAGAUGCCUCUGUUGACAGAAGGGAUUCGCAUUCAUGGGGAGAAGCUGACUGAGCAGCUGAAGCCAUUGCAUGACCGGUUGUCGUCUUGCUUUAGGGAGCUGAAGGACAAAGUAGAAAAGCUCUAUGGGGUGAUAACACUGCCCCCCAACUUAACUGAGAGGAAGCAAAGCCGCACAGGGUCUCUGAUGCUCCCCUACAUCAUGUCAUCUACUCUGCGGAGAUUGUCUGUCACAUCAGUGACUUCCUCUGUGGUUUCCACCUCUUCCAACUCAUCAGAUACUGCUCCCUCCAGACCAGGCUCUGAUGGGUCAAUUUUAGAGCCACUUUUGGAACGCAGAGCCUCAUCAGGUGCCAGAGUUGAAGAUAUAACACUUAGAGAGGACAGUGAUAACCGGAUCACCAAGUUGAAGAGAAAAGACUGGAACUUGAGCAAGUCCCAGGUCAUUGCAGAGAAAGCACCAGAUCCUGAUCUGAUGAGCCCCUCCAAAAAAGCACAAAGACCGAAGAGUCUUCAGCUGAUGGACAAUCGACUGACACCAUUUCAAGGUUCUUCCCCUUCUCAGGCAAUGCCCUUGAGCCCACCUCCACUCACUCCCAAAGCUACCAGGACCCUAAGCUCUCCAUCUCUGCAGACAGAUGGGGUGAUGGCUGCAACUCUCCCCCCUCCCCCACCUCCCAAGAGCAGCCAGAGGAACUCCACAGAGAUUGCCCCCCCACUGCCUGUCCGAAGAGAAACCAAGGCACCACCCCCGCCCCCUCCAAAAGUUCGAAAAUCUGGAGUCCUUUCUUCUGAGCCUGGAUCCCAAUAAACAUACUGCUCCUUCAAGCACGCUGGACAGCUAAUGCCUGAGAAAUGACCUCCAUGGGCAAUUGCUCCAGAACCUCUUUCAUUAUAUAUGGCAUCCUGCUGACUGCUCUUCCUGCUCAUCAAGUGGGGUUUACCAGCCAAAAAUGCUUAUGUUUUUUGAAAGUUUCUUUCUCAUCAAUGUGCAAGGACAGGCCACAUCUUUGGUACAUGAAGUUCCAGAAUCAGCCUUAUCCUGUGCGUUUCUCUAAGCAGAGCCUGCAGAUGCCCAGAGAUGUUCUUCUGAAAUGGUGAUGCAGCCAAAUCAUUGACCUGCUCCUGGGUGGUCCUUGGUGUUUGCUUCUAAAAAAUUGCUUUUGACUCAACUUUUCUCACGAUCCAUGAAACUUAUUGAAAGAAACGUAUGUCAUAUUCACUCUGAAACCUGAAAUUAUCUUUCCAAGAUCUUUUAUCUCCCUUGAAGAUAA